UGUCACAUCAAGGUAGACACUGACCUCAUUCAUUCCACUCUUAAUCACAUGGUAUCCCUCCUUCACAAUUCUACCUCCAAGGGUCCCCCACUAUCCUCCACCUCGGCAUUACUCUCCCAAGUCACUAGUUUAUUACCGGCGUCAUCCACCGACCAGAAUGACGCCGUGUCGAACAAGAGAAAGAUGUGGAGUGAGGUGAAUAGAAGAAAGACAUUCAACAACUGGCCACAUAAGGAUUAUAAGUGGGCUGUGCCUGACACCAUGGCGCAAGCUGGAUUUUAUCAUCAGGUGAGAUAUCAAAUAUGCUGUAAAUAGCAUGUCUAUGUUUGGUAACUUGGGUUUUAGGUGACUAUUUAUUCAAGGUAUACAGUGGUUGGAACAAAGAUCCUUGCAGGAGAAACCAUGAGGUUGACCCUAUCUGAUCAGUUCCCCUUACAUUGUAGAGAGGUUUAGAUUUGACUCCCACUCUGCUACCAUUAAUGUAACAUUAACCAAUCAGAUGCAUUUGAACUAUCUGAUUAAUCAAUCAGAUGCUUUUGAACUAUCUGAUUAACAAUUAGAUGCGUACUAAGCCAAAGAAAGGUAGUGAUAGCAGUAAUGGAAGUCAAGUCUGAACCUCUCUAGUUUCAUUGCAUAGAGUGCCCGAAUCAGUAAUCAGUAAUCAGUGAAUUGAUUAUUUUUCGGCGAUUGCUUAACGGGCAAUACAAGCCAGUUAACGGACAAUACAAGCCAAUUAACGGACAAUACAAGCCAAUUAACGGACAAUACAAGCCAGUUAACGGACAAUGCAAGCCAAUUAACGGACAAUACAAGCCAAUAGGAUCACCAACAGUUGACCGCGAGUUUUGUUCCAGAAUUCAAAAUGUUGUCAAACUUAACAUUUUGAUCCGUUAACCUCAUUUUGAUCCGUUAAAUGGCCCCCAAAACUCGAUCUUUUCAUUUUUUAUAAGUGGAAUAUUUUUAUUUCCAACCAUUUUCUAGUCUGAUCGUCGUACCUACCCAAACUCUGUGGAUAGAGCUGUUUGUUUUACUUGCAAUGUUGGUCUUGUUUGCUGGGAACCCACGGAUGAACCAUGGUAAGUGUUUGCAAUUAAUCACUUGUUGAACCAAAUGCUAUUAACACGGGCCAAUUUUCAACAAUGAAUCGCAAAUCCCUGGUCAAACGAGGAUGAGAGUUGAGAAGUGAUAGUUUGCACGAGAGUUUUCUCAAAGCCUCAGUCAUGCCACAGUCAAACAAAAACAUGCACAUCAGAGUUGAAUGGAUGUUACCACACGCGUAGCAAAAACUCUCAUCAAUGUCUCAUCAAGAUUUGAACCAGCUUUAAGUUGAUGAGAGUCGAUGAGAGUCUCGCAAACGCUAGCGAGAGUUGCAACUCUCAUCAACUUGUCAUCAACUUUUCAUCAACUCUCUUCCUCGUUUGAUCGGGGCUCGACGUAACGUGUUGCCGCACCAAAUUUCGUCUGACAUUAUUUGCAUUACAAAUCAUUACAAUUUUUCUCCACAAUUUCGCCUUUAAAGUCAGAUAGAUUUAUUUAGUAUACAUGUAGAAUGAUCAAGUUCAGCUUGUAUAAGAGAGAUUCUUUAUUUUAAUUUUUUAGGUCAGAGCACGAGAGACACUCGCCUAAAUGUCCAUUUGUUCGCGGGGAAUGCACGGAGAACGUUCCUUUGUCAGUAACCAUUGCAACAUCUCCAGCUCAAUUUCACAACGAGGAAAAACAAAAGGUAAGAAUACGAUUUUGAUGCCUUUGGAAUUUUUAUGUAAUAUUCUAGUUAGUUUCAUGACACAUUUUUAUACAAUCAAACCUUAUUACUCAACUGUAUAAUUUCUUCUAAGAUUUCUUGUGUCAGUUCGCCGACCUCCGUGCCUCUAAUGGCAACAUCAACUGCAGAAGGUCAGAUCGUAGUCUGGGAUAUACGUGACGAGUUACAGGUAUACAUUUUUUGUGUGUGUGUUUUGAUGUUAUGUACUCAGGUGAAUAUAAUGUUUUGAUGUUACUCUGAGUGUGCAUCCACACCGGGCAGGCUGAAAAGUUUGCCUGACCACGGUGGGAAUCGAACCCGCGACCUUUGGGAUACUUUGUUGUACAUGUUUGCAAUGUCGAGCAUCACCUUGCUGUAAUAAUGUUGUAAUCUUACGAUUCUCACCGUGAUAGUCAUAGUCUUACGAUUCUUAACGAUACAGUUAACCGCCAGAAAAACGAGAAAACAAUGUAUGAAAACACGAGCGCGAAGCGCGAGUGUUUUCAUACAUUGUUUUCGAGUGUUUGGAUAUCCCGGUGAGACACGAGCUCGAGUUGUUUAUAUGGCUUCUCAAAUGAAUCGAGACGUAACAGAAUAUUUUCAUUUGCUGAUUUGAAUAGAGUUCUUAACCAAGCAUAACGUAAUUAGGUAUUCUAUUCAAGUAAUUUUGCAUGCGUAAUUAGAUAUUUGAUGAAAACACUAGUGACUUUCAUCAAGUUUCACCUGGUUAUCCAAAUGGCAUCUUGUGAUCAAAUAGGUGAUUAUCAUUGGCUGAAUUGCUCAUGAAUUAUUAAUGAAUUUGAGAAAUAAUAUUUCAAAUCCGACUAUGAGGACUGGACUAGAUUUCAAGCAAUUUGAUCAAAGCAAUUUCAAGCAAUAUGCGAGGACAUGACAUCUCAUAUGAAUAAAUCACUACUUAAUUAAUUUUGAUGCAGUCCAAGGACUGAAUUAGUUUUGAUCCAAUCCUAGGACUGGAUCAAUAUACUUCACCAGGUAUUCAGUAUUAUCAUGUGAGCAAAAUAAAACAAUAUGGUUGGCUAAUUUAUUCACGAAUUAUUAAUGAGUUUGAGAUCUGUCAUAAAUUUAUAUUUGAAUAAUACAUAUUGUUUAAUCUCUUCAGGUACGAACGCGAUUGAGGUUGAAACUUGAUGAUAAAAUUUUGUCCAAUGAUAUUGGUGAACUAGAUGACUUGCUUACAGCUGACGUCAUGAGUGACGUCAUAGAAGAGAGCACCAAGGAAACGUUGGAAGUCGAGCCGGAAAAUGGUGGUCUUGGAUCUAGUGGCAAGGCUAGCGGGGCCAGUACCAGUAAACCUGAUAAAAGUACAACAACAAAAGGUAUGUAUUGGUCAAACGAUGCACCAACGUUGAGCAAAAUUCUCUGUGGAGAGUCCUGCCUUUCGUCUCUGCGAACAGGAUUUACUUCAUUCAUAUACAGUUGUCUGAUUGUAUGUGAAAAAAGUGCAUCCAGUUUGACUCUAUCAAAUCGUAGACCUCUACUACUGCAUAACUCUAUUAAAUGAUUUUAACAGUGGCGGACAAUAUUGGGGGUGAAGGGGAGGGCGAAUAUUGGGGGGCGAAUUAGGUUGCCACUAUAUGACCACCUUUUGUUAGCUGGAAAUCUUAGCUGGAAAUAUUUCUCGCUGUGGAACCUAAGAUUUCGAUACAGGUAGAACUACAUGUACAAUUAUUCAUCAUGACAUAGUCUAUCAAGAUACACGUAUGAAGGUCUGGAAACUAAACAGAAGUCAUUGUAUUAUGUUUUUGGUUUUGUUUAUGUUAAUUUGUGUACGUUCACGGUGAUUGAGCUCAUUGUAUUUUCGUAUAAUGAAGUAACCAUCCAAUAAGGAUAGCUGAGAUGAAACGUGCAACCAGGAUGAAGAAUAUUUAAUGAAGUUGAGACAAAGGAUUUGUGCACGGUGAGGUAAAGUUCAACAUCAAACAAACGUCUUCUAUUUUGUGGCUUUGAACCUUGCCGGAUUUCCAGACCAUCAUAUCUUGACAGACUAUGAUCAUGAUUAGAUAUUAAUGAUUGUACUUUUUGUGUGUGUUGGUGUUAUGUACUCAGGUGAAUAUGAUGUUUGUGAUGUUACUCUGAGUAUGCAUCCGCACUGAGCAAGCUGAAAAGUUUGCCUGACCACGGUGGGAAUCGAACCCACGAACUUUGGGUACUAGACUCAGUUCCGAAAUAUCACGAACUCGACUGAACCGAACCUCGUAGUUCAGUUGGUAGAGCAUUGGACUAGUAUCUCAAGGGUCGCGGGUUCGAUUCCCACCGUGGUCAGGCAAACUUUUCAGCUUGCCCGGUGUGGAUGCACACUCAGAGUAACACCACAAACAUUAAUGAUUGUGCUAGCUCAGUGAUACAGUAGGUGGGUUUCAGCAGGUUCGAUUUCUGCCAGAAGGCCUACAGUUGCAUUUUUUGCAGCUGCUUCUGGUUACAUCUAAAAAUUGUAUAUAAUCUUCCGCUCAAAAAUCAACUGGGUUUCACUUAGUCUCCUCUACAGGCAUCGCUAUUAGAUCGGCGGGCAAAAUUUGUAAAGUACGUGAACCACGAGAUGCCUGCGAAGGAGCCUUACAGCAGAUUGUGAUCAACCUCGUAAAGAUUACUAAAAUCCUCCAACUAAAAUUCUUUUGUAUUUUAGACGACAUGUCUGAACCGCAGAAAAGCAAUUGCGAAGAAUCUACAGGUGUUCCAAUUACACUGACCUCCGUAGGCAUUCUCAGAAACAAUCAGGAACGUGACAACGAGGCCGAAACACCCGUCUUUCAAACUGUAUUACCAGAAGCGAUGGUUAUUACUUGUGUCGAUACAAGCCUUGACAUCUCGCAACCCGCACGCCCUCACCUUCUUGUGUGUGAAAUACCCGCGGACAAGAACCGCUCAGGCACUCCGUCGAAACUGCCAAAGUCCGAUGGAAAUAAAGGCAAAAGUAAAUCGGUAUCCUACAGCACACAGCUUUCGUUUGAAAGCGAGGAUGAAUAUUACGACCCUUUGUUUUCAGUGCCAAGUGUUUUUCAAAGCAUUAAUAGCCCACUUAAGGAUGUGGGCUUUUCAAAAUCAGGGGCAGAAAAAGUUGACGAAACAAAAGUCGUAAAAGACGCGAAAGUUGUCCAGUGUUUAGGUAUAGAUGAGAUUGGUUCUGAUAACCUUAAAGUCAGUCAAGUUAUUCCCUAUGAGGAUGGCGGUCAUAUUCUGUUUGUAUUGACCAGGAGAAAGGAAAAUUGUGACCAAGAAGCUUGCACGGACUCCCAUUGUCCAAGUAAAGACAAUACUUCGAAGACAGAGAGUAUUAGCGCCUCUUUGGGUAAUUGUGAUAACAGCGACGAUAAUGCAUCCAGUAGUGCUCUUCCAACCAGUUCAGGUGGGAGUGACUCUGCACCUUCCACAAAAGAGCCAACUGCAGGCACAACUAAUGGUGCCCCUUUUGAUGCAGAGGAAGACACUGACAAUAAAGAAUCAUAUACUGAUCUCAACAACAGUUCUAGUUCGGUUAGGCCCGAUUCUGAACUUUCCAAUGAAAAGACAAAUGGUGAUAAGAACACCAAGAAUCCUGUAGAGACUGAAGUAGAAGUUGCCACGAGGAAUUUCGCGGGGAAUUCAGAAUGUGUUACUGAAGAGCUCAAAUCUUCAGACAACACGAAGUACCCUAAAGAGACUAGUGAUCCUGCAGGAUCUGGUGCAUCUGUGGGCGCGGGUGCUAUGUCAAAUGUAGACUUACUUAAGUGUACAGAAAACAACUCUAGUGAGGAUGAUAGAUCUGAUAAUAUAAAGUAUCAAGGUACAAGCACAGAAUCUAUACUUUCGUCUGAAAGUCCAUCCCAGUCAGACACUGAGCCAAUCAAAUCACAGGCUAUUAUCUCUAGUGCUCUUCAUUUGUUGAACUCGGAACAUUCCAUUGAUGAAAAUAUUAGUAGCUCUGUGCCUAAAUAUUCCCCAACUGAGAAUACUAUUUCGCCAGUGUUUGAAAGGAACUAUUCAGUGUGUUUGUUAUUGUACAAGACAAAGAAAGACAAGGGUCGGACAUUACUAGAGGACAAGCCGUGUAAAACAUUAUUUACGACUUCAACAGAAGAUAGUUUGCAUGAUAUGUUUCUGUUACCAGACGAUGCAGAAGAUUCGUUUAUGCCAACUUCAGUAGAAGUAAAUGAUGUUAAGAAAGUCUAUCUUGCAGGUUUGUUUGUUUGUUUGUCUGUCUGUCUGUCUGUCUGUCUGUCUGUCUGUCUGUCUGUCUGUCUGUCUGUCUGUCUGUCUGUCUGUCUGUCUGUCUGUCUGUCUGUCUGUCUGUCUGUCUGUCUGUCUGUCUGUCUGUCUGUCUGUCUGUCUGUCUGUCUGUCUGUCUGUCUUGUCUGUCUGUCUGUUUGUAAGUCUAUCUGUCUAUCUGUCUGUCUGUCUGUCUGUCUGUCUGUCUGUCUGUCUGUCUGUCUGUCUGUCUGUCUGUCUGUCUGUCUGUCUGUCUGUCUGUUUGUUUGUUUGUUUGUUUGUUUGUUUGUUUGUUUGUUUGUUUGUUUGUUUGUUUGUUUGUUUGGGGAAAUAGUGUGAUUAACCCUUUGAGCACCAGUGCUCUCCUCUUGAAGAGUAAAAUCGUCCGGCGUUACACAGUAAAAUAGGAAAGCAGAAAAGAUGAAUGAAUUUCAACUAAUUCGAUGCCUUUAGUAACAAGAUAUUUUGUGAGAUAUUAUGAAAUACGAGAUAUUUUGCUUUGUUAGCGAAGGCCUGCCCUCUGUUUUACGUUUUCGGUAAGAUGACGCGCUUCAGCAAGACUUGUUAUGAGGGCAAUUUCUGCAAGACAAAAUGACUUGGAAGGCUGAAAAAUGAUAGAAUAACAAAGUAGGGCGCAAUACAACUCAGGCCCCAGUUACACGAUACCGGAUUCGCAUCGGAGCGAGUCGAGCGACAUCAACUAAGACGCUUUUCGGCCUCUUACAACUUUUCAUAUUUGAAGUUUUUGACUAAUUCUGUUAUGUUAUCAUACUUUUGAGUGCUAAACUUCCCUUUGAACUGUAAAAAUUGAUGUCGUUCCGAUGCGAAUCCGGUAUCAUGUAACUGGGGGGCCUCAAUGAGUUAAUAGCGUGGUAUCCAGACAACGAUUAUGAGGAAUAGAAUGAUCUAAAAAUGAUCUCUAUGUGUUUUCAGGUAUUUCAGCUGAUGGCAGUCUUGCCGUCCUGGAUGGUCUCACCUUGGAAACUGUAACAAGGUUUUCACCAGACAACAGCGAACCAGGGCAACAUAUCCAGCGGGCAAUAUUUUGUUCAGGCUUGGGUUCAUUUUGUAUGUGUACGGAAGGUGGUAGACUACAUUUCCUUCAUUUGGUGAAGAAAAGCAAGUUAGCAGAGGAGUUAGCUUCAGCCAGUGCCAGUCAAGCAUCUGGUGUAGAGAAACAAGCAAGUGGUAAGCAAGAUUCCGGUAUACUGUCACAGUGAUUAGUAGGGGUGUGCAAAUCCGAUCCGAUCGGAUUCGUUCGGAUUUCGGAACAAAAAUAUUCAUUUCGGAUUGGAUCGGAUUGAUAAAGUUGUUUCGUAGUUGGAUCGGAUCGGACUUCGAUAUUCGAAAUAAAAUGAAUUAAUUAUAUAUAAUAAUUAUUAUUUGGUUACUUUCCACUUGAAUGAGAAAUUUAUUUUAUUAAAGGAUUCUUCGGAUCGGAUCGGAAUUCUUUAUCAAAACUCGGAUCGGAUUCGGAUUAGACAAUUUCGGAUCGGAUUGGAUUUUAAACAUGAGCCAAUUGUCAGAUUAUAAACGUCCAGUCCGUUCCGAUGCACACCUGUAGUGGUUAGUGGUUAUGUACUUUUCACCUCUGUCACAUGAAUUCGAUUCCUGCAAUGUGCAGUUAUCUGAUUAGAGAUGAUGUGAAGGAUAUACUAUGCAAGGCCAAAAAAAAAAAUAUGUGGGUUUCCGGUUUCCCGACCCUACCUAGCUUUUGGACGUCGAAAUCCCGACCCUAAACUUUUUUAUUGGAUUAUGCUUGUAAGUGUUUCCACUUAGAGGAAAAAGUUUGUGGAAAAUUGAAAUUUGAGGCAAUAUUAGGGAAAUUUAUCUUUGGAUGUGGAAGCACUGACUAAACAAAAUGGCGUCCGGUUGUUCGGAAAAUUAAAAAAAAAGUUUAAAAAAAAAGUUAAAACCGACCUACCCUACCUAAGUUUUUAUAAGAAGAAACCGGAAACCCACAUAUUUUUUUUUUUGCCCAACUACCUGAAAAAUAUAAGCAGAACGUCGACGUUUCGAGCGAAUGCCAGUGCCAUAACGCUUAUUGGGUUGGGUUAGUUCAAGCCACGGCCUAUCGCCCAGAAAAUUAGAAAACGUAAAAAAAUGCAGGUUAAGAAUAAAUGGGAAAAUGAAAAAUUAAUAAUGCUAAAUAAUAAAGCCUCCAUCGACAACGGUAGCUGAUGUUUUAUUCCAUCUUAAAUAAAACAAAAAUUAUUCUUAUUAGUUGUUACAUGUUUUGGAGACUGUUAUUGUUAUUGUUAUAGACACGGAAUUUUCCAGACCAUUCUAUAAAUAUUGAAUAUCAAUAUAAUAUUUCAGUCAAACAAUGACAACAGUCAACAGGGGACCCCCACACCCAAUAUGCCUCCGGACCCCCUCUUCCUUCGUUACGCCACUGGCGAAGGCCCUCGAUUUGGCUACUAGCAGGGUCCGUCCAAAACUUGAAUUUGAAAACAAAAAUUCAAGGCCUUGAAUGUCUUAGUGGAAUUUGUAAAGAAGUGCUUGAGAGUCCUUAAAUUCUUCUUGCUUUAGUUUAUGGAUAUUUUCUGAAAUUGUUUGACAUUCAAAAUAGACAUUUUGUUGUUGAAUUCAUAUCUGUUGAAACUGUUUGAAAUUCAUUAAACUUUGAAAAAUUCAACCUCACAUUUUAUCGAUUUUAUUUUGGAAAAACGCUGAUAAUAGCGGUAUGUAAUGAUAGUGCUGUAGUCAAAUCUGAACCUCUAAUACAUAAAGUGCGGACAGGAUUAACAUUGAGUGUGGAUAGUGCAUUUCAAUUUUCAAAAUACGCGAAAGAAAGUCCGCUCCUGUAUGAAGCAAACAUGCUGUACAUUGUACAAUUCCGAUUUUCAUCUCGCUCUUAUAGUCUUACUUCGUCCUGGUCUCAUGGAAACGGGCCUUUGCAACGCGAUACGUUUGUCAUUCAAAACCUAAAAUCUUAGUUCAAUGUUUUAUUUAAUGUAGAACCAACUAGCAGCAUUCCUUUGGAAGAUUUAUCUCUAAAGACUUUGAAGUCCUUGGUUGAAAUGACGACAUUUGAGAACCUAGUUCCUCGAUACACCGCGAUUGUACCAAUAUUCUGGAGCGAGAUCCAGCAAGAACAACAACAAAGACGACAUCCACAACACUUACUACAGAACUCUCAGGGAGAUGCCAGUUGUCAUACUAGAACAUGGAGAUUACAGAAGAAGGGGUAUGUCGGAAUCAGUCAUCUAGAUUUGUAAAAUUAAUACUAGUGGUCGUGGGUUUAUCAUAACUGUAAUGAAGUCAUCCACUGUGUAUGCUAUACGUUAACUGCAAUCUAUGGGCGCUUUCCAUUUAAUGGCCUGACCGGUCAGAUCCGAAUUUGAGUCUCUGUAUCAAUGGAAAGAUCUGGUCUAUGUUUCUCAAAUAUCUAGCGAAAAUGGACCUCAUUCUAAUUUUAUCUAAAUUUUCCAGUUCUGACCGUUCUGACCAGUCUGGCCGUGUUAAUGUAAAGCGCCCUAAUGUAAUAUAUACAGCAUGAGCGGCCAUGUUUUAUCAGAACUAAAAACUUGAGCCGAAGGCGAGAGGUUGUAUACAGUAUACGACACGGACGCGAAUGCUGUAUAUAGAUUGUGAAACGUACACGCGUAAAAAUUGAGAAAAUCAACAACUUGUUCCAGGUUGAUAUCAACAGGCGUGAACAGUAUUGUCAACAUGUUGUUACAGCAUUGUUCAACUGUAACAACUUGGAACAACAUGGUUGACAACUUGUUCAUAGUUGGCCGCACAACAUUGUUCACGCCUGUCGAUAUCAACUUGGAACAACCUGUGCGUUUUUAGCCGUGUAAGGAUUUCAACAGUUUUGUUUUCAGAAAUUAUUCAAAAAGAAGUGAUUUUAACUCAGAAAAUCGAAGAAAAAGUUUAUGCAAAUCAAGAUAAUUUUGUACAUGUGGAUACAACAUCUCGUUAAACAUUGAUGUCUUUUGAAUUGUUUCAUGAAUUAUUAAUGCCUUUUAUGAUUAAUGGCUAUAUUACUAGCGGAAUAUCAGUUUAAAUUGUGUGAGUAAGGCCUAACAAAAAUAUCAUGUGGUUUCGGUUUCAUAUCCUCAAAAAAUGGAGUAAGGUUGGUCGGAAUAGAUUUUUUCGAAUUUUUUAUUUGUUUGACGUAUUGGUCAGCAAUUGGCACGAGUGUGAUCUGUAGGCAUUGUCACAAAACAUAAACGGGAAGUAAUAACUGUCGGCAUCAAACGCCAUUUUUGGUAUCACGUUGGUCUGUGGUAGGCAAACAACUAAACCACAUCCAAAAAAAAACAUUAGGGUCGGCAGGAAAAAAUAGGGUCGAUCGGAAAUCGGAAUAUUUUUUGUGGGGCCAAGCGAAAAUGAAAUGGCAUAAAACGAGUGUUUCAGUGUUUGAAAUGAAACAGCAAGUUGUUUGCUUCUUUAUGAUCUCUUGUAUAACAUAUUGUGUUUGGCCUACAAAAAAAUACCUGUGGUUCCGGUUUCAUAUCGUGAAAAAAUUAGGGUCGGAAGUAAUUUUUUUUAAAAAAAUAUUUCUUUCAUGGUUUUGGCAGUUUUUUGCUGGGCGAUUAACUAGAGAUGCGUAUUUCCUAUCGAUGAAUUUGGGCAAUUUGGUUCAAUUAUUAGUGUGACAACAGACGCCAUUUGGCACGCUGUAUGAGCAGCCCGCAACCACCCGGAGAAAAUAGGGUCGCACAGUCAAUCGCGUUGAAAAAAUAAUAGGGUCGGCAGAAAAAAAUAGGGUCGGUCAGGAACCGGAACCAUAGGUAUUUUACCUUACCAUAGGCCUUACCAUAAAUUUCCUUGUUUCCAGGUUGGUGGGUGGUGACCAGUUAUUCAAACUCAUGUUACCACGCCCUUCGUACGUGGGCCACGUGGACAUCACGUUUACUAUCAACAAAUCUGCAGCAUCCAAGAAUAACCUACAGGUGAUACUCUUGAAACCUCGCAACUCGUCUUUAAGACCUAAACCCGCACAGGCCUUCACACUUUCGGGCGCACAACCCACCAACGAUGACGUCAUAUGUGGACCUAUUGAUCUAACGAGGAACCUUAUGCCGUACGGGGAUAAAGGCCAUGUAGUUUUAACCAGUGCCAGUUUACUGAAGACAAAAGUUCGUUCCUUACAUGUCGUCUUUAAAAGUGAAGUAAAAACUUCUGGGAAAGGGGAAGAAAGUUCCGGUGGGAGAAAUGGCUUUAGUGAUCUCGAGGAAAUAUCUAUUACAGUUCGUUCAUUAAAUGCUCAUUUUAAUCCGGACGUGUUUGGUGUACUGUUGGAUACACGCAGCUUUUGCCCACGGUUAAUGGAUAUCGUAUGUGAGGAACCGAACAGUGAGGUCAGCGGUCAAGAACGUGAAGAUCUUCAGUGGUUUGCGUUGGAGCUGUUGUGUUGGAUUGCUGGCAUCUCUGUGCAUCAACCUGUCAGGUGGGUGAACUGUUAAAAAUAGAUCGUGGAAAUAUGACUGGGUUCUUCCGGUGACGCACAUCGCAAGACCGUGAGUCGUGACUCGCUCCAUGACUCGAAAGGCCGUAUUGGAUGUACUCAUAUAAUAUUUCUUAAUGUCGUAAUCAGAACACCGCAGUAGCUCAUUUAGUCAGACAUUCGAUUCCAAGUUAGGGUAGCCUGCGUACCAGUGCACGGAUCACGCUAUCCUGCUUGAAAAAACACUUGGUAAUUGUUUUAUAAAAUAACUACAGUGAAACAAUGACAUUUUGAGAAUCCCGCGAAAGCAUUUUAAUUCCUCGUGCAGGAUUGCCUGAACCUGCACGGCUAUUGACCAAUCAAAUUGCGUGUUUCACUGUAGUUAUUAUAUAAAUAGUCUUCCGCUUUUAAAAUUUAUCAAUUUACUUUUUACAGCAAAGAAAGUUUGGCAAGUGAAGUUGUUGAAAGAUUACCAAUGUUUAUCGAAUCAUGUUUGUUGUCUUCUUCACGAAGUAUUGCUCACAAGUGUAGUCGACUGGUCGUCCUCUGUAUCAGGUGCGCUUUAUGUAUUAUUGUUGUUAGAUAUCCAUACACUAACACUAAACGAAUUUAUCUACAGAGGCAAGCGGAUUUACGCCAAAGCAGUGUUAAAUAACCUAGGAUAGUGUAAGUUUAACCUCUCAGCGUAAAUAAACAUCAAAAUUGGUGUCCCCACAGAGGCAAGCGGAUUUACGCCAAAGCAGCGUUAAAUAACCUAGGAUAGUGUAAGUUUAACCUCUCAGCGUAAAUAAACAUCAAAAUUGGUGUCUCCACAGAGGCAAGCGGAUUUACACCAAAGCAGCGUUAAAUAACCUAGGAUAGUGCAAAUUUACACCAAAUGGGUGUUCAUAUAUACACAACUAUUUACACUGAAGAGGUGUAAAUUAACACUAAAGUCAGUGUUAGCUGACAACUUUUCGCUGUCCCCACAGAGGCAAGAAUUUACACCGAUUUUGGUGUUGUGGCAACACUCCCAGAUUUACAGUGGGAAAGCUUUAUCUGGUUUACCUAAACUGCUCUGGUCAUUGUUACUGCAGGAGAAACAGGAGAAUCCUAAGGGAUCAGACAAAUGCAUACUGUAGGGAGUGCAGGACUCAAACUCCGGACUGUGUCUGAAGACAAACGUGAAAAGUUUAGAGCACCCUCUUUUUCACCAUAAUUGUAAACAUGUCAUUGCGUUUGCCGACCAAUCAUCUGUCACCAUAUACAUUAUGGGUGGAGUUCUGGGUACGCGAAAAGAGUCAUGGGUUUUGCACAGAAAUACCAGCUUUAGGGAAAGUUGAUUGGCAGCUGAGAGUAAAAUUGCAAAUAUCAUACAGUAUAAAUAGAGGAUAUUACAUAAUACCUUAUUGAAUUCUGAUCGUUUAAUUGGCUGUUUAUGGUCACGUGAUAUUGAAUAGAAAAUUCCAUUUCCCAAGAGUGCAAUGGAAUACGUUCCAUUGCACUCUUUGCGAGUGCAAUUGUACUAUACGUUUUAUUCCAUUGCACUCUUUGUGUUUUCAAUAAAUCGCAUCCGUCAAAAUGCUUCUCGUACGGUGAUCGCAGUUUAUUUUAACCCGAUAUUCGAAACUCAGUAAAUGGGAUUUAAUGCAAAUACGAUUCGUCAAAAUGGCGGGAGCUUACAGUAAACCUUUUAAUAUUAGUCUAUUUUGGUUUAUAUAAAACAAAUGAUGAAUGUUUUUAUUCGUGCAAUGGUAAGAAUAUUUUCAUUCGGUGAAAGAUGGAAUGUUCCAUUCAACUCGGCUGUCGCCUCGUUGAAUGGAACAUUCCAUCUUUCCCCGAAUGAAAAUAUUCUUACCAUUGCACGAAUAAAAGAAUUCAUUAUUUGUAUAUUACACGGCGGCGCGAAGAUAUGACUUUUUAUCUUCGAGUGGUGAAAACAAUAUUUUACGAACCCUCAACGAGCGCAGCAAGUGAGUAAAAUAUUGUUUUUAACACGAAAAGAUAAAAGUCAUAUCUUCAAGCCACCGUGUAAUGUUCUGUUUAUUAUAUAGUCCCAAGCAAAAAAUUGUAUAAAUACUAAAAGUCACGUGAUCGAUAUCUUCACUAGUGAAGAUAUGGAAAAUAUGUCACUGUGUAUUUCUCAGUAUCUCACUCUCUACUAUAUACUAUAUAAUAAAAUGUAAUAUGCGAACACAAAGCUAAAUCGAAUUUCAUUUUGUGCUUUUUACAGUCAACUAAGUUCUUCAGACCAAGGCAGUGAAGCAAAGAGCGGUGUGCUAAAGGCUUUCCUUGAACUAUUACCAUCGACACUCAGUUCAGAAUCUAGCGGUGGUAUUUACUGGUUCUUCACACUGUUGACUGGUAUGUUGACUGCAGAUGAUGUAGAUGGUGCUGGAAGGUCGUGCAUGGAGCUUCUCAUGAAUAUAGCUCAGCGAUUGGACAGUAAAUUGACCUAUCAUGAUCGUGUGUUACGAACAAGGUAAGGUGAUUAUUUGGAGCCUGAAUUUUUUCGAAAUACAGUGCCAAAAAAUGAAAUACAGUACAAAUUUCUUUGACUAUAAUUAGAUACAGCCAUUUCUAGCAGAAAAUAAUACAAAAAACCAAACAUUUACAAGUGACAAAAAUAACUGGCGUUUUUGUAACUAUUUCGCAUGUGACCUAUACGCACGCAUGUGACUGCAUAAUUUUUUCAUGUAUGUCAUUAAUAAGUAAUAUAUUAUGGUUUCUCGUGCAAUUUGGAAAAACAUACACUCGUGAGUUUGUCAAAGAUUUCAAAUUGUACUCGUCCUUCGAACUCGUGCAAUUUAGGCCGUGGGCCAAAAUUAUUUCACUUCAUGGCAACCCCUUGGGGAAUAGAUUUUCUGUGAUUCAAUGCGUAUAGUACCAUAGAUACUCGACUACCACGAAAAGUUCCCAAGCAAAAAACUUCCCAAACACCGAGAAAAUGGGUGAUCAGUGAUCAUCCCCUAUGAAAUUGUAUUAUAGCAAGAAAAUGUGAAAUUUUGUAUUCAAUUACAACAAAAAUGACUUGCAUCAUCAGAAAGCUUACAAAAAACCGCAUACAAGACAUUUAAACAGUUUUUUUGAUCCUUCAAAUAGUCUUUGAGUUAUUUCUGUUUUAAAUGUGAAAAUUGGACCAAAAUGUCGCAAUAAGGACUGGGUACUAGGUCAAAAACGCGUUUUUGACAGCGUGUAACUCGAAAACAAUUUGAGAUAUUAAAAAACUGUUUAAAUGUCUUAUAUCCAGUUUUGUGUAAGCUUUCCGAUGAUGCUAGUCAAUUUUGUUGUAAUUGAAUACAAAAUUUCAUAUUUUUUUGCUGUAAUACAAUUUAAUAGAGGAUAAUCACUGAUCACCCAUUUUCUCGGUGUUUGGCAAGUUUUUUGCUUGGGAACUUUUUGUGGUAAUUGAGCAUCUAUGGUACUGUGCAUUGAACCACAGAAAAUCUGUUCCCCAGGGGGUUGCCACGAAAUUGCUGUUCCAAGCACUUUUUCUCACAACGGCCCACGGCCUAAUUUUGACAGUCUUUGAGAAACUCACUCGUGCAUGUUUUUCCCAAAUUGCACUCGAAACCAUACUAUUACCUAUUAAAAAAGAGCCUGUAUACAGUUGCAGAGACCCGCUCGUAAUGAAAACUCUAUUGUAUGUAUUUAUGAUUUCGGUUCCUUCAGGUGGAAUGCUGGCAUCUGUUGCCAGGAUCUCGCCUAACCGGGACAGGAAUUUUCCGUAUAAACACUCUAUGCGGGAUGAACUUGCCUUUCUGAGCACGCGUAAACGCCUUUGUUGUACAACAAUAUGACGUCAAGCAAACAAUAUGACGGUAACAGACUUGCUACAAGUUGUUCCAACAAGACUAAUACAGGCUGCUCGUAACAAGUUGCUUCGAGCUUGUUGUCAUCAACUUGUUACGUGCAGACGAUAUCAGACUUGUUGGAAUAACUUGUAGCGAGUCUGUCGGCCUAAUCAACCUUGUUACAAGAUGAUAACAACUUGUUCCAGACUUAUCAACAACUGGGAACAAGACUUCUUGUUGACAAGAUGUGAGAGUUUUACGCUUGUAGCACAAAACGUAGAUACAAAACAACUUUUGAUUUCUCAGUUUCAGUCUAUACGGGACGCCCUUGGACCCGACGAUUUUCGAUGUAUCCAUGGAAACCAUGGGUUUAUUCGCCACCAGCAAGUUAUCGGAUGAUCUUCUCAACCCCAAAAACAUUGGAAAACAUUCGCAAGAAGUCGACGAGAUCGACCUCAUGGAUUACAUUAUCGCUAAAAAUAGCAGUCGUACCCUUGGUACUUCAUCUAAGAUGGAGCAACUGCUGUCUUCGAUGUACGGGAUACUGGAAGUGGAGCCCCUGGAUUUUUCGUGUUCAUCUAUGAGUGAUGGUUGUAAGAUUGAUUACUGUCAGGGGAGUGGACCCCAGGGAGGAGGGAGCAAUGGUAUUGGAUCGUUGUACUACCCAAGUACUAGUGUUGACAUCCCUGCACCAAUGUCUGCUCUUCAAGAUCAUGUACAACAACUCAAGGUGAGCAUUAUGUAUGAUUGUCAGGGGAGUGGGUCUCAGGGAGGGAGGGAGGGAGGGAGGGAAUAUCAUUGUACUACCCAAGUACUAGUGUUGAUAUCCCUACACCAAUGUCUGCUCUUCAAGAUCAUGUACAACAACUCAAGGUGAGCAUUAUGUAUGAUUGUCAGGGGAGUGGGUCUCAGGGAGGGAGGGAGGGAGGGAGGGAAUAUCAUUGUACUACCCAAGUACUAGUGUUGAUAUCCCUACACCAAUGUCUGCUCUUCAAGAUCAUGUACAACAACUCAAGGUGAGCAUUAUGUAAGAUUGUCAGGGUAGUGGAUCUCAGGGAGGAGGGAGGGAAUGUCAUUGUACUACCCAAGUACUAGUGUUGAUAUCCCUACACCAAUGUCUGCUCUUCAAGAUCAUGUACAACAACUCAAGGUGAGCAUUAUGUAUGAUUGUCAGGGGAGUGGGUCUCAGGGAGGGAGGGAGGGAGGGAGGGAAUAUCAUUGUACUACCCAAGUACUAGUGUUGAUAUUUCUACACCAAUGUCUGCUCUUCAAGAUCAUGUACAACAACUCAAGGUGAGCAUUAUGUAUGAUUGUCAGGGUAGUGGAUCUCGGGGAGGAGGGAGGGAAUGUCAUUGUACUACCCAAGUACUAGUGUUGAUAUCCCUACACCAAUGUCUGCUCUUCAAGGUCAUGUACAACAACUCAAGGUGAGCAUUAUGUAAGAUUGUCAGGGGAGUGGGUCUCAGGGAGGGAGGGAGGUAGGAGAGAUAGGGAAUGUCAUUGUACUCCAAAGAACAAGGGGGAAUUUCGUUCUCGACCAAUCAGCGCAUUUGUUGACAAUUUCGCUCUAAGCCAAUCAGAAUACGUAAUUGGUUACUGUAGGUAGUUUCCCUGAGAGCACAGAAAGUCCACUUCCGGUAAAAACAAACAUUUGACCAGAAAAUUUAGGUCUUAUUAAAUAAAGCUUCGAGGGGGUCAGGAUUUUUAAUUUUUUUAUUGGAUUCAACGUGACAAGGUAAAUUAAUAUAUUUUCUAAAAAUGUGACGCUGGGAUCUGCGUUUCAUUGCCUAGUUCUAAAAUUAUCGGCAUUCGAACUUUCGCGCUUUUUGUACGCCGCUGUUCGAAAGCCGACAACUUUAAAACUAGGCAAUAAAACGCAAAUCCCAGCAGCAAUUUUUAGAAAAUUUCUUAUUUUACCUUGUCACGGUAAAUCCAAUCAAAAAAUUAAAAAUCCUGACCCCCUCGAAGCUUUAUUUCAGAACGCAAGAAGAACAAAAUCCAUCACAGCUAAGAAAGAGCAUGUUAAAAUUAGUAAAAUUGCAAAGUUUGGCCGAGAAAUGUUGUAAAAUGUGGAAAAUAUUCUUUGGCUUUCUUUUAUUGGUGAAAAUCGGCUUUGCAAUUUUACUAAUUUUAACAUGUUCUUUCUAGUUGUGGUGAUGGAUUUUGUUCUUCUUGCCUAGAUCAAAAUUUGGUCUGUAGCAAUCAUGUAUUUGGCAAACAACUAAUCCAUUUCUUCAUUCUGCUGUGUUUAGGAACAUGAAAAACUUCUGAGUAAACUUCAGAAACAGAAACAACAACUGGAAGAACAACAUCAGGAAUUGGAAGAACUUGGAGGAAUGUUAUUUUCUCCUAUGAAUGCCGCACAGAAACACAGCUUGUAUGAAGAGGCUUGGGCCAAGGAUAUGUCGUCACCGCAUCAAUACAAGUUCCAUGCAGCCUUUGGUGGCAUGAAGACUGUGGGAUUAUUUGGUGGUAAAGCUCCCUCUCAAGCUGCGUCAGUGAAAACGAAUACCAGUCCUGUUCCACAGACACGAACCUCAUUUCAGGUAUAAUUCAGGCCUCGAAUUUAGGAAAAGAUUCAGAUUUAUUGGAUUUAGAAUAGACAAUUAAUAACCAUUAUAGACUAAUUUUAAAGAGAUGCAAAUAAAUCACCACAGCUAGAAAGAGCAUACUAAAAUGAGUAAAAUUGCAAAGUUUGGUUGCGAAAUAUUGUAAAAUGCGGAAAAUAUAUAGCCUUGCAAAUUUUGUAUACUUUUGUAUUGCGUGCGGAAAUUGCUACCGUUUUCGGCCCAACUGUGGUAGUAAUUUCCGCACGCAAUACAAAAGUAUACAAAUUUGCGAACAUUGCAAAGCUAUAUUUUCCGCAUUUUACAACAUUUCGCAACCAAAAUUGCAAUUUUACUCAUUUUAGUAUGCUCUUUUCGGGAAUAUACUCUUUCUUUGCCAAGAUAAAAAAUUAGUCUAUAAUGUGAAUUGUUUAUUCUUGUGCCAAUGGUUUCAGCCUUGUUGACUAAUUUAUUUCCCUUUUUUAGCUACCAGUGCCCAAGCUUCUGACGAUCGAGAAGCUGCAGACGGGUGCCCGACAUUUCGUUGUGUUGGACUUUGGUCAGAGUGUGAGACUGACGGAUAUAUUUAUCCCAACAUGUCUUGAUCUAUCCUCGCUUGUUAUUGAUAUCUGGGUGGACAGUGAAGAGAAAGAUUUAAGUCGUGUUGCUGUGUCUACUGAUAUUGGUAGUAAGCCUUUGUUGUUGACUGACCUUCUGCCUCCUCUGACUUGCAGAUAUCUCAAGGUUAGUAUCGGGUUUUUUUGCGUCUAAAGGCUGCUUUCCAGUGGACCUAUUCCCUAAUGAACAAAAUUUUGUUCUAGACAGAAAUUUCAUCACAGCUUGAAAGAGCAUCACAAAAUUAGUAAUAUUCCGAAGUUUCGUUGCGAAAUGUUGUAAAAUGCGGAUAAUAUAGCCCUGCGAAGUUUGCCGUUUUUCAGUCAUUUUGUAUUACGCACGGGAAAUUGAUACCGCUUUCUUCGAAAAGUGGCCAAAAGCUAGGUAGGGACGGGAAACCCAGGUAUGUUUUUUGUUUUUGGCCUUGGUACUAAAGUGAAACCCACCGAUUUUGUCGCCUCGAUUAUCACGCGACCGAAAUAAACAAAGUAUUAAAGCCCAUUUCCACUCAAGAAAAUUUUCCACGAACAGAAAAUUUUCCGAGAAUAUCAUUGUUAAAAGUUGAAAAUUUCAACUUCAAAAUUUUUCCAACGGAAAAUUUGUGUCGGCCAAUCACAUUUUACAAAUUUUUCUUUCCGCGGAAAAUUCUCUUGAAUGGAAAUGGGCCUUUAGCCUAAACAGAGAUCCGACUCCUUGUCGCUGUCAGCAUAGCCGGCCGCCAUGUCCCUGGCUAGUGCGCUAAGGAGAGACCGUCACCCCUUGAAAACAUUCAUAUUGGGGGGUGCGAGUGGCUCGCAGUAGCACACUGCACUGGCUAAGAACAUGGCGGCUACCCUGGUGGCCUGUUACGGAUUUUUUGCCGAGUCGGACCUCUGUAUUGCGUAUAUAGCAUGUAGUCUGUGCUACAGGGUAGGCCGAUUCUUCACUGAGGCUGGGGAGGAGCGUCAUACGAGUGUUUCUUCAUACACAAUGUUUAUUGUUUUCAUUCAUUCCUAGAUUUCUAUUUUUGCUCGUCAUGGCACACUACGUACCAAGCUAAUUCUUGGAGAAUACUUUGGUUAUCCUGUGUUGUCGGAAACUGGCGUGACCGAAGCUCAACCGAAGGAGAACGAAGAUGCGUCGAGAGAAGCUUAUCUCAAUCUGAUGUAUGAUGAUGUGUUCUGUCAAUAUGGUAUCGCAUGCUCGCGGCUUGAAUCUGUACUGAACUCUACAGAACCUGGAGCGCUCAUGUCUAGCGCAAAUGAUAAGUCAAGGAAGGAUGAGACAACAGUCAAACAAGCUUACGAAGUGUGUAUGAGUCUACAAUUGCGGUUAAAUUUCUUAGAACAAAGCAUACAGCGAAUCAAUAGACGGCAAUCCGGUAAUCAAACAUUUCCUCGACUUUCUGCUGGUGAAAAUGUUGGUACUGUUAUUGAGCAUGCGUCGUACAGUAAACUAAAGGUGAUUUCUGAUUGGUUGGUUCAUGUGCUAGUUUCCUUAUUUGGAGUAGAGGCGCCCACGGAUAAUUCCAGGAUGCAGUGGACUCAGGAUAUCACCUUCGAGACAUGCCAGAGUUUGUUUACAACAUUCUGUGUGAAGGGGAGCUCGGUGUCUCGCGCCAGAGUGGGGGCCGUGUUACUCCGUACCUGUGGGGAACAAGCUUGGUGGGGAGAGUUUCUAGCCUGGGUCAUGGAGAGAUUCUUCAGUCUGGAACAAACUUUGAUGUUCUCACAAGAAAGGUGAGUUUGCCAUGUAUGACCCAAUGAGCUCUUUCUGUUUCUCUCUCUC